AUGGCGGCCUCAAUCUUUGAGCGUGCUACAGAGACAGUAGAUUUCGUACGAGCGAAGUUGCCAGAGCAUCUGAAGAGACCACGAGUUGCGAUCGUAUGCGGUUCUGGUCUCGGAGGCUUGGCACAGACUGUCAAUGAAGGGACUGAGACUUGGGACUAUAAAGAUGUGCCUAACUUUCCUCUGAGCACAGUACCUGGACAUGAAGGUAAACUCAUAUUCGGCACCAUGGGUCAGCAGCAAGUACCAGUAGUCUUGCUUGUGGGUCGAGCACACUUCUAUGAAGGCCAUUCAAUGGAGGAUGCCACCUUCGCUACCCGUGUCUGCAAGAUUCUGGGCGUGGAGACCAUCAUUCUGACCAACGCUGCUGGAGCAUUAAAUCCGGGAUAUAAUGUCGGCGAUCUCGUGUGCCUCAAUGACCACCUCAACUUAGCAGGACUCGCUGGGUUCCAUCCUUUGCGUGGACCCAAUCUUGAAGAGUUCGGUACAAGGUUUCCACCUCUCAGUGAUGCCUACGAUAUCCAUCUUCGUCAACUAGCGCAUCGAAGCUGGAAAGAGCUUCGGCAGCAAAAGCCAAGCAAUCGAAGACUGCAUGAGGGCGUGUAUGCGUUCGUGGCUGGACCGACUUAUGAGACCAGAGCCGAAUGUCGCAUGCUUCGAAACCUGGGCGCUGAUCUCGUGGGCAUGUCUACAGUGCCGGAGAUCGUGACUGCUCGACAUUCUGGAAUGCGAGUACUGGCUUUCAGCUUGGUCACCAAUAAAUCCGUCUUGGAGCCAACGGUACGAGCAGAUGACCCGGAGCUACAAGGCUUGACCCGCGAGGAGCUUGAUCAGUAUUUGCAGAAGGGCAUGGCUAAUCACGCAGAAGUGCUGGAAGAGGGCAGACUGGCAGCGUUGGAGAUGCAGAGUCUGGUGUUGCGCAUUGUAUCGGAGCUGUGA